AUGCGAUGAUGCAGAUGCCAUUGGCGCACUAUUAUAGAGCGCACGAGCAGCCAUUGCUCUAACUCACACGCUCAUAUAGCAUCUAACGAGGCGGCAUUACUCCACACACGUUGCAAGUAACCACUGCGCCCGUUUCACUAGCACAGCAGUCCUGCACAGCACAGUGCAUCAGCUGCAAAUCGUAAACCGCGGCGCAAAUAUUGCAUCAAAUCGCGGUAAACGAUGCUGCGCAUCACCGCAACACUGGCGCUGGCGCGUGCAUUUGCUGCAAAUGGACCGCGUAAGCUGCGCGCGAUCGCAUUAGACCUCGACGGCACGUUGUGCAACAGCGCCGGCGUCGUGACGGACGCGACCGCGGCAGCGCUCGCGGCGUUCGAUGGCACCAUCAUCAUCGCCACGGGACGCGGCAAAUCGCACGCUGCUGGUAUCGCGAGCGACUUACGCAAACGCGGCGCCAUCGUGGACGCGCUGGUCUGUUCCGACGGAGCCGUCGCCUACGCCGGCGACGCGUUCGACGAGCUAGUAUUUGAGCGCGUCGCUGUUGGCUCUGUUGUCGCCGAGUCGCUUCGAGUAAUCGCCGACGCCGUGCCGGGCGUGUCGUUCGGCGCGGAGAUCAACGCCGCCGACGGAAUUGCGGUCUCCAGCCAGACAUACCUCGACACGAUCGAACGCUGCAAUCCCUAUUUUUUCGAGAAAAUGCUCAGCGGCAAGAAACCGGUCGACGACUUCUUCGCCACGGUCGCGGCCGCGGAGAGAGUGAACUGGGUCCGGUGCAUCGGGGUCGGGGAGGACGACGGCUCCGGUAACUUACUGGCGGCGGUGCGCGCCGUCACGCCGGCGGGCCUCCGCUGCGAGCCGUCGACAAUUCAAUUACCGGGCGGGCCCGAGUCCGUCAUCGUGAAACCGGACACGAGCAAAGCCGUGGGCAUCGAGGCCGUCGUCGCGAGCCGAGGCAUCGGGCCGGAGGAGGUCUGUGCGUUUGGCGAUGCCGAGAACGACCACGACAUGCUCUCCUGGGCCGGCUUUGGUGUAGUACCGUCAAAUGCGCGGGACGGGGCGAAAGAGAGAGCUACAUUCGUCUCCAGCCUCAGCAAUGACGAGGAUUUUAUCAAAGACGCGCUCCAACGACCCCUCGCGGAACUUAGGAGAGAGUAUACAACACCAUAG